GUUUAGGCCGUACUUGUUGAUUGGGUCGGAGAACCGCUUUCGCGAUACUGAUGCCCGCGGAGCACUGGAAGGAGGAAGCCAAAGCCAGCCUUGGUAACUUGUAAAAGACUAUCGCCAUGGAACUGAGUCUGAACCGGAUAGAUUACCUGCAGGUGGGUGUGACAUCUCAGAAAACCAUGAAGUUGCUCCCUGCAUCAGGACGCAAAGCUACACAGAAGGUUGUCACUGGAGACCAUGAUGGUGUUGUUACCUGCUUUGGAAUCAAAAAAGGAGAAGCUGUUCCAAUAUUCAAGACUUUGCCAGGGGAAAAGAUUGCAAGGCUAGAAUUGGGAGGUGCUCUUAAUACUCUCCAGGAGAAAAUUUUCGUGGCUGCUGGUUCCGAGGUUCGAGGUUUCACAAAGAAAGGGAAACAGUUUCUUUCCUUUAAUACCAACCUCACUGAGAACAUCAAAGCUAUGUAUAUAUCUGGAUCAGAUCUCUUUCUUGGUGCGAGCUACAUUUAUAACCAUUACUGUGACUGUAAGGAUCAGCACUACUACCUGUCAGGAGAUAAAAUCAAUGAUGUUCUCUGUCUUCCAGCAGAUAAACUGUCUUGCAUUAUACCUGUGUUAGCAUGUCAAGAUAGAGUUCUUAGAGUUUUACAGGGUUCAAAUUUGCUGUACGAAAUGGAAGUCCCAGGUCCACCUGCUGUUCUGGCCUUGAAUGGUGGAAAUGGUGGUGACUCUGGUGAAGAAGUUUUGUUUGGGACAUCUGAUGGCAAAAUUGGCUUGGUACAGAUUACUGGUGUUUCUCCAAUAGAAAAAUGGAAAAUUGGAAAUGAGAAAAAAAGAGGUGGCAUCCUAUGUAUGGAUAGUUUUGACAUUUUGGGAGAUGGAGUUAAAGAAUUGCUCAUUGGUAGAGAUGAUGGAAUAUUAGAGAUCUAUAACUUUGAAAAUGCAAAGACUCCUGUUCUCAAAUAUGAAUAUGCUUUAUCAGAAAGUGUCACAUCCAUCCAGGGUGGCUGUGUUGGAAAAGAGGGCUAUGAUGAGAUUGUAACAUCAACAUAUUCAGGGUGGGUGUCUGGAUUAACUACUGAGCCUAUUCACAGAGAAUGUGGAUCAGGAGAUGGAUUAAAGAUGACUCAUGAAAUACAGAACAAAGUUUUGUCCUUAAGGAAUGAAUUGGAUCAGUUACAGAUGAAAGUACUUGAAGAACGUGAAAAAUACCAGCAGUCUUCUCAGUCCAGCACUGCUAUUUCAGCAGUCCCAACUUUCAGUGUAAAUGAUAAAUUUAUAUUAAAUAAAGAUGAUGCCAGCUACAGCCUUGUUUUAGAGGUCCAGGCAGCAAUUGAUACUGUCUUGCUACAGUGUGAUGUUCCCAUAGACCUAAAGGAUGUGGAUAAAAAUUCAGCUGUGGUUAGUGUUAUUGACUGUGAAUCUGAGCCAAAUGGUAACUUCCUCCUUGCUACUUAUCGGUGUCAAGUAAAUACUACACGACUGGAACUUAAG